UACUCCCAACUGCGCCAGCAUAAAAAGAAUCUAUUUAUUCAGAAUUAUUUCCACAACGCAGGUGGGGACCGAGGUUGUUGCGACUAGUUCUUACCCCAUGAGCGUCUUUUUUCGUGUCUUGAAUUCCUCGAGUCGUGGCAGUAAGCUUUUUGGUUUCAUUUCCAAACUAUCUCACACCAGGACUUUGAUGUCUCCUACUCCCUGGAUCCCGAACCAGUAUCCGACAGCUCGACGCUCCGAUCGUGUCGAUGUAUAUAAAAGCGAAGCAAACGGACAAGUUCGCGUCCCCGAUCCCUACCAGUGGCUAGAAGAUCAGUCGGAGGAGACCGAUAAAUGGACAACCGAUCAAGAUGAGUUUACUCGGGCGUACUUGAACAGGAAUCAAUAUCGCGCCGCGUUAGAGAAGGAGAUCAGAACCAAUACCGACUACGAAAAGUUCACUGCACCAUCGUUCAAAUUCGAUAGGCGAUGGUACUGGUUCUACAACAGUGGCCUACAGGCUCAGCCAGUCCUUUAUCGCUCCAAGAGUGAGGCACUUCCUGACUUUUCCAAGGGUGGUCCAGGAGGAGAAGUAUUCUUCGAUCCUAACUUGCUAUCCGAUGAUGGGACAGCGGCCAUAGCCACGUCUGCGUUCUCCCGCUCAGGUGAAUACUACGCGUAUGGCAUAUCUUUGUCGGGCAGCGAUUUCUGCACGAUCUAUGUCCGCCGCACCAGUGAUCCUCUGGCGUCUGCAGAUGGGAAACGCGAUGAUCAUCAUGCGAAACGAUUGUCGGAGGAAAUCCGAUUUGUCAAAUUCUCUGCUAUCUCUUGGAUGCAUGACUCGAAGGGAUUUUUCUACCAGCGCUUUCCCGACCGUGAGUCUCAUGGUCUCACUCCAGAGGAUAAAGCGGGGAUCGAGACCAUCGACGAUAAGAAUGCAAUGGUCUACUACCAUAAAGUCGGGACCCCACAAUCCGAGGACAUUCUAAUCAUGAAAGAUGCCGAACACCCGGAGUGGAUGUGGGAGGCUUCCGUGUCUGAACUGGAUGGGCGCUACCUUUACAUGAGUGUCGUGAGGGAUACUGCCAGAAAAAAUCUGCUAUGGGUUUGUGACCUUCAGGAGAGUGCAAUCGGUCCAAACAUGAAAUGGGAGAAGUUGAUCGACAACUUUGAUGCUGAAUAUCGAGUAAUUGCGAACAACGGGACGAAAUUGUACAUUCUUACCAACGAGAAUGCACCUCGGUACAAAGUCAUCACCGUCGAUCUGGCAGAUCCGAAGCGCCAGCGCAAAGACCUAAUUCCAGAACAAAAGGAUUCUUUCCUCGAUGACGUGACAGCCGUGGGCAAGGACCACUUCGCCGUCGUUUACAAGCGCAACGUCAUCGAUGAGAUAUAUGUCUACUCCCUGGAUGGACAGCGCCUUGCCCGACUUGCCCCCGACUUUGUAGGCGCCGCCGAGGUUAGCGGUCGUCGCUCGCAAAGCGAUUUCUUUGUCACCCUUACCGGAUUCACCAAUCCUGGUAUUAUCGGUCGGUACAACCUGAGUGAACUGGACGACGGAAAGAAAUGGAGUGUAUACCGAACGACGCAUGUGAAGGGGUUGAAAGCAGAGGAGUUCACCGCCGAACAGGUUUGGUACGAGAGUAAGGAUGGCACUCGGAUCCCAAUGUUCAUCGUAAGGCAUGAGAGCACCAAAAGGGACGGGACUGCUCCGGCCAUCCAAUACGGUUAUGGAGGUUUCAGCAUAUCCAUAAACCCUUCUUUCAGUCCAGCGAUUCUGACUUUCCUCAAGUCAUAUGGAGCUGUAUUUGCACUGCCAAACAUCCGUGGAGGAGGGGAGUUCGGUGAGGAGUGGCACGAAGCGGUGUACCAUAUCAUCAAAACCAAAAUAGCUGCCCCGGGAAAGGUUGCCAUUAACGGCGGCUCUAAUGGAGGUCUUCUCGUCGCCGCGUGCGUAAAUAUUGCACCGGAAGGCACCUUCGGAGCAGCGGUUGCCGAGGUCGGUGUCUUGGAUAUGUUGAAGUUUGCAGACUUCACCAUCGGCAAGGCGUGGGUAUCUGACUACGGUAACCCACACGACCCCCACGACUUUGACUUCAUAUAUCCUAUUUCUCCGCUACACAAUGUGUCGACAGACAAGGUGUUGCCGCCGUUACUACUGAUGACGGCCGAUCAUGACGACCGAGUUGUCCCUCUGCAUUCAUUCAAGCACGCAGCCACACUCCAGCAUACGUUACCUCAAAACCCUCACCCCCUUCUUAUUAGAAUCGACAAGAAAGCUGGACACGGGGCCGGUAAGGGUACUGAGAAACGGAUCCAGGACGCAGCAGACAGAUGGGGCUUCGUGGCCCAGUCUAUGGGUCUGAAAUGGCAGGGGUCUUGAUAUACCCUCCGAAGUUUUUGGUAACUUGGACGAAGUCGCAUAAGGAAAGAGUUCAAUUAGACCAAGGACGUUCCUCAUCAAAUGGACAUUUCGGGUACUAUCAUUGUUACCACGCAACUGAUCAAUACAACUAUGUACACGCAGACUUAAGUUCGACAUCGUAUGAGCGGUCCGUGGUGGAUUUGGUGUCCAAGCAGGUCUGGCCUCCACGUACGUGUGGAGGAGACAACUCACGAACUGUUGGUGCGAGAGAGAGGGAGGAUCUCCGUUUUCAGGACGCGGGUGCCUUUCUGUCUUGGAACAGGUGCUGUAUGAAUAUAACAAAGUUUAAACUAAUCGCAUUUUGCAGGACG